AUGGUAGAUGACGGGAGUUGCGUGUGUAUUAUCCAUCCUCGAGUACUCACACUAAUGAAACUCGAGGACAAGAUAGUACCACGAUGCAUCACACUAACAGGCUUUAACAAUGUAGUUGAACGAACAUCUGACGAGAUCACACUCCCCGUCCUGGCAGGUGGCGUCACUCUGGAGAGUGGAGACCACGUUCCACAUCAUGGACCAGGAUACGACAUACAACACCAUAAUAGGGAGACCGUGGAUACACUCCAUGAGAGCCAUACCCUCCAGGUUGUACUAAGUCAUCAAAUUCCCAACUCCAUGGGGCAUAUUCAGCAUACGCGGGGAGCAACGCACAUCCCAAGAUUGCUACCGCAUCGCCCUAGACUACACGGGUCAAGGUCAGUAUGCGACGACAUCAAGGACUUCAUCAGAGACCCCGAGGUGGCCGAGGCCGCAGGGUCAACCAUAGAGGACCUUGAUCCCGUUAAGCUAGACGUUAAUGACCACAGCAAAAAAGCUUACAUCGACUGCAAACUCCAAGAACCGAGUAAGUUUCGUAAAUUCCUAAUUACUAACGCGGACCUGUUUGCUUUUAGCCAUGCAGAUAUGCCAGUGCGUGAAAAGGUGGAGAAAAUAUUGGAAAAUGGCUCCGUCAGAGAGUCGAAGUCCCCCCAAUGGGUCGCCAACGUGGUCAUGGUGAAAAAGAAGAAUGGCAAGUGGCGGAUGCUACAACCAGAUCCUUAUAGAGGAAGAAGACUAGUAAAAGACCACCUUUAUCACCCACCAGGGGAUGUACUGCUACAAGGUCAUGCCAUUCGGAUUGAAAAAUGUGGGGGCAACUUACCAAAGGCUGGUGACGAAGAUGUUCAAAGAACAACUCAGAAAAAUGAUGGAG